CCGCCGCCGAUGCGCGCACAUUUCGCUUCGUCAGUACGGUUUCGAGACCCGUGGCGAGAGCAGCUGGCAGCGUCGCGCUCGCACUACAAAACGGAAACAUCGCGUGAGCCGGGCAACCAAACAAAUACAGUGAGAGGGUUGUUGUUACGAUUGUGUUUUUGUUUCUUACUGUGCUUUUUUGUGCUACUUUAAGUGAAGCUUUUUGGAGUUAUAUUACGUUUACUUUGGGACAAUACCAUCAAAAUCAACAUAUCAUCUUGUAUAUCACAGCGAAACACCAACCAUGCUUCUAUGUGCAUAGGUAAAUGAUAAAAGAUAAGGCAGGUCGUUAUCAGCACAAAAUGCUUAUUCGAAGGCACAAAAGAUAAGGAAAAACGAACGCAACUUAAUCAGUACGGUUGUUUCAGUCGCGAGACUCGCUUUUAAAUGGUAAGAACGAUGGGCAUUCUGUGGAGAAAACGGUCUCUGCUGCUUAAGCUCGUGGUCAUAGUGGGCACUGCUUGGUUCACGAUAGCCUUCCUGAUGUACACGGACAAUCAGAGCGAUAGGAGGCCGGUGCUUGUGGACAGCAACGAGCUGGACAGGGUGGUUAAGGAGAAGUUAGUGCGCGAACCGGAAAGAGUGAUACCGUUUAGGACUGAAACGAAUGUAGUGGAAAAAGAACAGGAAAUGAAUGAGAACGAUAAUAAUGUGCUAAUGGCGCCAAUCAGCAAUGCUGGAGAGAUGGGGAAGCCUGUGGUAUUACCGUCGAACUUAACAGGAGCUGUCAAAAAAAUGGUGGACGACGGUUGGCUAAAGAACGCUUUUAACCAAUACGCUUCCGAUAUGAUCAGCGUACAUAGAACGCUUCCAGAUCCCAGGGACGAAUGGUGCAAAGCCCCGAACAGAUUUCUAGAAGACCUACCAGCUACUUCGGUAAUUAUAUGUUUUCACAACGAAGCCUGGUCUGUUCUCCUAAGAACGGUUCAUUCAGUUCUGGACAGAUCUCCUAGGCGUUUAAUCGAAGAAGUCAUCUUGGUUGACGAUUUUUCCGACAUGGACCAUCUUAAAGAUCAACUAGUGGAAUAUUUUGCUUCCGAACCCAAAGUUAAGAUUGUCAGAGCCAAAAAACGAGAGGGACUUAUCAGAGCUAGGCUACUAGGUGCCGCAAACGCCAAGGGGGCAGUCCUGACCUACCUUGAUUCCCAUUGCGAGUGCACGACAGGCUGGCUGGAACCCCUUCUAGAUCGCAUUGCCCGCGACUCCACCACGGUCGUAUGCCCGGUCAUCGACGUCAUCGAUGACAAAACUCUGGAGUAUCACUUUCACGACAGCGGUGGCGUGAACGUAGGCGGCUUCGACUGGAACCUGCAAUUCAAUUGGCACGCGGUCCCCGAGCACGAAAAAAAGAAGCACGAGAAUCCUGCGGAACCCGUGUGGAGUCCUACGAUGGCAGGAGGAUUGUUUAGUAUAGAUAGGAAAUUUUUCGAAAAACUGGGCUCCUACGACAACGGUUUCGACAUCUGGGGAGGCGAAAACUUGGAGCUCUCGUUCAAAACGUGGAUGUGCGGGGGGACACUGGAAAUAGUCCCGUGCUCGCACGUGGGACACAUAUUCAGAAAACGAUCGCCUUACAAAUGGAGAAGCGGUGUGAAUGUACUAAGAAGGAACUCCGUGAGGUUAGCUGAAGUUUGGCUGGAUGAGUACGCUAAGUAUUAUUAUCAAAGGAUAGGCAACGAUAAGGGGGAUUUCGGGGAUAUUUCAUCCAGGAAAUCUUUGAGAAAAAACUUGGGUUGCAAGAGUUUUAAAUGGUUUUUGGAUACCAUUUAUCCUGAACUGUUUAUACCUGGCGAGGCAGUGGCAAGCGGAGAGAUAUCGACGUUUGACCGCAAAAUGUGCCUGGAUUCGCCCUGUAAACCCGAAGAUUUCCACAAACCUAUGGGCCUGUGGCCCUGCCACAGCCAGGGUGGUAAUCAGUUUUGGAUGUACAGCAAGUCUGGUGAAAUUCGUCGUGACGAAGCUUGUCUGGAUUACAGUGGACAAGAAGUUAUAUUAUAUCCAUGCCAUGGAAGUAAAGGUAAUCAAUUUUGGGAUUACGAUUCUGAAAACAACCUCUUACGUCACGGCAGCAGCGACAAGUGUUUGGCGAUCAACGAGGCCAAAAACAAGCUGACGAUGGAGCAUUGCGACGCCGCCAUCAAACGGCAACAGUGGAAACUCGAAAACUACGACGCGUCGAAAUUGUGAUUUUUUUCGAAAGACUAUUCGAAAUGGCCAACCGUUUACUCGGAAAUUACGGACUUGUAAUUUUAUUUUUUAGUGAGUGUUGUAAGGACAUUUUUUAAAUUUUUAUUUAAUGAAAAACAUUGUACAGAGUUUUUAAUACGGUAAAGUGUUAAUGUGUAAUAAGCAAAUAAAUAAAUAAUCGUGUGCGAUAUUUUUCUGCAUAUCAGUUACAUAUUCGGUUUACAUAACAUAUCUAUCAUAUUAAUUAUAUAUAUUUUUUGUAUAUACAAUCCUUUUUAACGUACUGUUUUUAUUGUACUGUUUUUAAUAUAAAAUAACAGAAAUAUUUAAUGGUAAAUAAUUAAAUCCCUAAUACCUAAUAAAGGCACAAGUGCAGGUCAGUAAAAGGUAUUUACAAAAACGAAACUGUACUAGUAAGGUUAAUUACUUAAAUCAACUUAUUUUGGUCUAAGAAAUAUGUUAUGUUUUUAAAAAGACCUUUUACUGAAACCCUGUAUAUUAUUUAAUAACAGUUCCUAUGCAAAAAUAAAAAGUUAUGUGUUAAAAAAAUUGUAGGUAUUUUCCAUUAAAUAUUCUGGUAUACAUUAUUCCAUACACAUAUCCUAUUGAUUUUUGUGCUCAAUAUAUAAAUAAACAUUCCAUAAUUAAUAUUACGUAAAAUCUUUUUGUACUUAAUUAGAAAAAAGACUGUUUUUGUUAACUUAGAUUAUUCCAGCCGUCAAAUAUCACUUUUCCUGCAAAAUUUAGUGAAUAUAACAUAUCUCAACAUGUUACUGUUAAAAACAGUAAAAUGUUAAUCAAUUUCAAUUUUAUUGUACAUUUUUAAUAGAAUUUUAUCUUAUUGAAUAUAAGACAACUCCAUGUGUUAUAUGCUCUAAGAAUUAUAUUUAUCCCAUUACUUUGUGAUAUAAUUUGAACGUUGUCAAAUAAAAAAUUAAAAUUAUUGUCAAUUAAAUUUGUUCUUUUUUAAUUUGCU